CUUGAUCCAUAUUGUUUCCAUAAUCACGGUUUAAACUGGAAAUCUUGUGUUCGGGUGACACUAUCUAGAUUUCCAUUCCAGAAAUUAUUGAACUCUCUUUAAUACAUUUUAUUAUCUUUCAAUUAGCAAAAAUAAAUUACCUCAAUGUUUUCAUUAGGCUUUAAAGGAUUAACGUUAUUCCAUGGUGCCUUCUCUAUUGGACAGUUCGUCAGCAUUUAGCUACAUCGCGAAACCAAUGCCUCUCACCAACGAAUUUAUCUACGGUUUGAUCAUGUAUCGUGAACCUAAUCAGUCUUAACUCUUUUACUCUCAAUGAUCUCCUCAAAAGCAUAUUUACUACUUGCCUUUCGGCAGCGGACCGCAUUGCGGCCACCAACCAGCUCACUACUACGCCCGUAUCUCAUGAGUCACUCUAAGGGAAUGACACAUCCAACCUCAUCAACGACUAAUCGCUACCACUCUAAUAUGCCCCCAAAAUUAAGCGAAAAUCCAAAGAUUACUUGUCAAUGCGGCACCAUUUCCCUCACAGCCUCGCGCGCUGAACCCCUCAGCAAAUAUGUAUGCCAUUGUACAGAGUGCCAGAAACAAUCGACUUCUGCAUUUGGUACCUCUGCCAUCUUCCCAUCUGAGGGCAUGUGGCCAUUCCCCAAAGACUUACAACAACAUAUUGGCAUGUGGGCCAGGCGAGCAGAUUCCGGCAACACAGUAGAGUGCUAUUUCUGCAAAGGGUGUGGCGUUCGUAUCUUGCAUCGGGUUAUCUUCAAAGACGGUACACCCAGGCCCUCACUUGCGGUCAAAGGUGGCUGCGUCGAAGGCUUCAAUCUGGAGGGUGCCAGACAUAUCUACACAAGGUCAGCUCUGGUGCCUGUGCCGGAGGGCAGUGAGCCAGGAGCACCACGUGUGAAGCCAUGAGUAACAAAGAUGUCUUAAAUAAGCCUAAGUACAUGUAUUCAGACAAUAAUGCAACAUGUUUCAUGAG